GAGGCCCAAUGGGCGGCGGGCGCGGCGCGCCUGCGCAGCGGGGCGUUCGGGCGGGCAGUGCGGCGCCGAGGGCCGGAGGCGGAGGGGAGCGAUGGAGCAGGGAUACGGCGGUUAUGGCACCUGGAACACUGGAGCCACCAACACUCAAGGUACCUAUGGGACGAAUGCGACGAGCUGGCAAGGCUACGAGGGCUACGACUACUACAACACCCAAACCACCGCCGCGAACACCGCAGCCACGUACAACUAUGCUCCUGCCAGCUCCAGCAGCUGGGAAACCCACAAAGCUUCAGAUAUGAGCCUCAGUGCUGAUGUCAGCUCUUCCAUGCCCAUCACCUCCUACGGCACCGAGCACUCAGCCAACGAGAACUCGGAUUCCAUCAUUGCAAAGAUCAACCAGCGCCUGGAUAUGCUGUCGAAGGAGGGCAGCGGCGGGACAGGGGACGGGAUGGAAGACCAGGAGAGCUCUUUCAGAUUCGAGUCCUUCGACUCCUACGACUCGAGGUCCUCCAUGAACGACCGCGACAUGUAUCGACCCAGCUACGACUACGGCGACGUGGGGACCGACCGGAACGAUUCCUUCGGGAGCCAGUUCGACAACCGCAGGGAUCAGUCACGCAACAGAGGGAACAACUACGGGCUCAUGCGGGGCCGGGCUCAGAACCGCGUCCAGAACCGCGGGCGGCUCAACGCCUUCAACCGCAGCGACCACUUCAUGCCCUCGUCCAGCUCCGAGCGCCUCUCGGCCCGUUGGAAUGAGCUGAACUACAUGGGAGGACGUGGGAUGGGGGGGGCCGGAUCCAACAGGCUCCCUUCCCUCUUUUCCCAAGCCCUUGUUCCCGAUUACGGCGACUACGGCGACUACGGAGAUUACGGCGACUACGGCGACUAUGGGGAUUACGGUGACUAUGGCGACUACGGAGAUUACGGUGACUACGGAGACUAUGACUAUGGCAUGAUGGGGAUGUCGGGCAUGGGAAUGGGACGGUAUGGGAAUAUGCCGUAUGGAAUGGGGAGGCAACGGAACAGAGACAGGAUGGGGUCGGUGCCCUGGCACAUGAACACGCUCAUGCCCAAGAGAAGAGGGUUCCGGAACCGUUCCGGGGGGCGGUCGGAUGGUGAGGGGGGAGGACGCAAGAGGAAACAGUCACAGAGCGGGGACGAGCCCGACAGCAAACAGGCAAAGACUGACAGUGAAGGAGAUGACACCGACAACGCAGAUGAGGGAGAAGGAGAGGAAAAGUCGGGAGAUGAAGCAGACAAAGCAUCAGGAGAUGGCUGCGAGGAUGAUGAUGAGGAGAUGAAAAAGAAGAGGGAGAAGCAGCGGAGAAGAGACCGGAUGCGCGACCGUGCUAUGGACAGGAUCCAGUUUGCCUGUUCUGUCUGCAAGUUCCGCAGCUUUGAGGAAGAGGAGAUCCAGAAACAUCUCCAGAGCAAGUUCCACAAGGAGACCUUGAGGUACAUUGGUACCAAGCUCCCGGAUAAAACAGUGGAGUUCCUGCAGGAGUACAUUGUCAACAGGAACAAGAAGAUCGAGAAGCGGCGCCAGGAGCUGACCGAGAAGGAGGGCACAAAGCAGAAGCCGGAUCCUUUUAAGGGCAUUGGCCAGGAGCACUUCUUCAAGAAGAUCGAGGCAGCUCACUGCAUGGCCUGUGACAUGUUAAUUCCUGCACAGAACCACCUUCUCCAGAGGCACCUGAGAUCUGCUGAUCACAACAGGAACCGCAGGAUGGCUGCAGAGCAGUUCAAGAAAACCAGUUUACACGUGGCCAAGAGCGUCCUGAAUAACAAACACAUCGUAAAGAUGCUGGAAAAAUACCUCAAGGUGGUUUUACACUUGUCGUGCUUUUUGGUUUGCUUUGUGUUCAUGUAUUGAACCCGCAGAUGUACCAGCCAUCCUUCCCAGGCGCCUCUAGCUCAAUCCUGAAUCCAUCCAAACCGAGACCGUAAUUAAAGAAACCAAAGUAGCCAAAGGAAUUCCAGUUCCCCCAAAGCCACCCCUCGAGCUGUGGCCUUUGGAAGGGGGGGGACACACAGCAGGCUCCCCCCAGCAAGCGUGCGGGUCGGGAAGCCACCCCUUGACUCCCGCUGGGAUUGAAUCCAACGCGGAUGGCUCCUGCUCCAUCCACUGCACACUGGGAGGGGGAAUUUAUACCCUGUGUAAAGAGCCGGGCUCGGCAGCGCUCCCAGCAGCUCCAAGGGACAAAGCACCCCGAGGUGGGUGCACCCCAUUCCCGUGAGUUGAAACACCCUCCUUAGCCCCCCCCCCCCCCUUUUAUUCCCUCUCCUUCCUCUUCCCUUGGGAAGUGGCAGAGAACACCCCAGCUGACCUUCAGAGCCGAGACGGAGCCCGAGGAGAGGGCAGGGGAGGGUUUGCUUAAGCCCAAACCAGCGUUCGGAAUUCCGGAAGGAAGCCUGGAAGGCAAACACAGUCUUCAGAGCAUGGGGGUUAACCCCGCUCCAUGUGGGAAUGCCGGGUGGUUAUUCCCGGCCUAAAGCGCGGGGUUACCGGGCUGAGGCCCGCAUCCGAGAGAGAGGGAAGGUCGCAACCUCCUCCGCUGGGCGAAGAUGAAAAGAAGCACUUGUGGCUACUUGCUGGUUCCCUGGGAACCCGGGAACAGCCCAGGAUCCGGCGGGACAACCCCUCGUUUGCAGCCUGGCAGACGAGGGCAGGCAGCUGCCCGCAGAGCCGCCACGGGGCAGCCGGUGCUUGCCCUGUCCCCCCGGCGCCGGGGGGGUAAGUUGUGGUCUAUCCCAGCUCCCACCUCUGCUAAAAUACAGCGCAGAGCACUAAAAGUACCCAUUAAACCCAUUAAAAACUG